AUGGGCACGCCGCCGGCCAACCCCAGAAAGCAGGUCACCAUUCCCACCCUUAAGAAGAUGCACAGGGGGGGUGAGCCCAUCACCAUGAUCACGGCCCACGACUUCCCCAGCGCCCACGUCGCCGACGCCGCGGGGGUGGACGUCAUCUUGGUCGGUGAUAGUCUGGCUAUGGUUGCUCUGGGGAUGGAGGAUACAAGUGAGGUCUUGCUUGAGGAGAUGCUGCUGCACUGUCGAUCUGUGGCACGUGCCACCAAGGCUGCGUUCACAAUUGGCGACCUUCCCAUGGGUUCAUAUGAGAUUUCGCCAACCCAGGCACUGGAGACGGCGAUCCGCUUCAAGAAGGAUGGCCGUAUGCAGGGUGUCAAGCUGGAGGGUGGCCAGGAGAUGGUGUCUAGUAUCGAGAAAAUCGUCGGCGUCGGCAUUCCCGUCCUCGGCCAUAUAGGCUUGACACCCCAGAGGCAACACAUGUUUGGGGGGUUCCGCGUCCAAGGCAAAACCAAAGACAGCGCAGAGAAAGUCCUCGAGGAUGCCCUCGCGCUUCAAGAAGCGGGCUGCUUCGCACUCGUCAUUGAAGCCGUUCCCGCCGAGGUUGCCGCCCUCAUCACCCAAAAACUAUCCAUCCCGACCAUCGGGAUAGGUGCCGGCAACGGCUGCUCGGGCCAGGUGUUGGUGCAGGUCGACAUGACAGGUAACUUCCCGCCCGGUAGGCGCAUUCCCAAGUUCGUCAAGCAGUACGGCAACGUCUGGUCUGAGAGCCUCCGGGCCAUCGAGGCGUACCGGGAUGAGGUGAAAAGCCGGCAGUACCCUGCCCCAGAACACACGUACGACAUGCCCAAGCAGGAAUUCGAGAUGUUCGUCGAGGCCACCAAGGGUGUAUAA